AUGUGGAAACAUGCAAAUGUACUACCAGUACCUAAAGAAUCUAUCUUAAACUCUCUUAAUCAACUAAGACCAAUCUCUUUAACAGAUAUUAUAAUGAGAUUAUUUGAAAGAAGUGUGUUCAAAACUGAGAUAGCACAUGUUACAAGACACGCUAUUGAUUCAGAUCAGUUUGCAUACAAGGAAGGUCACAAUUCGAUUAUGGCUCUGAUCAAGUGCCAACACACAUGGUUAAGAUGGUUAGAAGGAGAUGCAAAAUAUGUCAGAGUAUUAUCUUUUGACUUUCGCAAAGCAUUCGAUAGCGUUCCACACGAUAUUUUAUGUGAGAAGCUUAAGAAGCUCCCCAUCAACCCAUAUGUUACUAAUUGGCUGAUUAGUUUUCUGGAGGAUAGGAAACAGAGGGUAGUGGUUGAUGGAAUAGAAACUGAAUACUUGAACAUUAAUCGAGGUGUUCCCCAAGGAACAGUUCUGGGUCCUGUCCUCUUUUCGAUCAUGGUGAAUGACAUCAAAACAGUUAACCCCAUAAACCAGUUAGUUAAGUUCGCGGAUGACAUGACAUUAGAAGUACCAGGGAAUGAAAACGGAGAUACAUCCCAAGCCGAAGUGGACAGUAUACAAACAUGGUCUGAAAAUAAUCGAAUGUCCUUAAAUAUGGAAAAGACGUAUGAAAUGAUUGUUAGGAGAAAUAUCCCUACGCUGUUGCCUGAUCCUUUUCCAUUUAUUAAACGAAGGACGUGGUUAAAGAUUUUAGGAAUUACAUUACAGGAUCUCCCUUCCAAGUGGGAUUUGCAUUUUGAUGAAAUGUUGAAAAAAGCCAGUGCAAGAAUGUACAUAAUGCGUGUCUGUAAAUACUAUGGCUUCCCAAUCAAACAACUGGACAUGCUGUUUAACACUUUAAUUAUGCCUAUAAUCACUUACGGCAUAGAACUUUGGGGAGGCGCAUACUUCAAUAAAUACAUUAGUCAAAUAGACAAAUUCAUCAAUCGCGCUCACAGAAAUGGUUACAUAUCGGAAAAAUUGAAUAUUAAGGAGAUAAGCAUCAAAAGGGACAAGAAACUUUGGGAUAAAGUAAUACAUAAUAAAGAUAAUGCACUACAGGAGCUUUUACCAGAUAAAUUAAAUAGACACCUUAGGCCAAGGGGACACGAGUUUGAACUUCCAUUAGUGAGAACAGAGCGAUUUAAAAGUUCUUUUGUAAAUCGAUGUUUGUUUAACUUUGUUUAACCAAUUUUAACCUUUACCUUUUUAACAUUAUUAAUAUUUUUAUCCAUAACUGUAUAUAUCUAGUUAUUACCUUAUAGAUAUCAAUAAUUUUAUCUUAUAUAUUUUUAUAAUGUAAACUCACAGACGGGUGUUCUUGAGUAUGAAUAAAGACUGUUAUUAUUAUUAUUAUUAUUACCGUCUAAUUUCAAAAUUUGCGGUUUUGGUGUAAAUAGGUAAUGGGACAAGUACUGGUGUGAGACAUUGUGUAACCUAAAUAAUUAGAGGACCAGUAUUCAAAUUUAUUGUUAUUUACUCCAACUUCAAUAGUAUAGACUGCAUAUACGUGAUAGAUUAUGGCAAGAUGAUUAUAGGAACUAAAAAAGGUGUGAAAUAGCAAGAGAAGGGAUACGAAAAGUAGAGAGAAAAAAAAGGAGGAAAAAGGAAAGGCAACCCUGUACGCGUUUCGACCUAACAGUCUUCUUCAGCAGGGUUUUUUAAAGGGGGGUGUAGGUAGAAUUUGCAGAGGAGAAUGAAGGAGAGUUUAGGAGUUCGCAUAAACUAUGGCAUAAAAACAAAAAUGAAGGGUUGGAGGAGAGUGAGAAAUGAAACUCUAACCUUACUUCUCCAGAUGUGCGAUGAAUGGCUAAAAAAUAUGGAUGAGGGUAAAAUAACUGGUCUUGUUUCUCUGGAUAUCAAGAAAGCAUUUGAUUCAAUUAACCAUCAAAUUUUAAUGUCAAAAAUGAAAGACCAGUUUGGUAUUCGUGAAAAUUAA